AUGCUUGUCGCGGGAGUGCUGUUGCAGCUCAUCUUCAUUCCCCUAAUGUGCGUCCCCAGUGUGACACAGAAAGGAAUGGCGCUUGCAUUUUCAUUCUUCGGAGGCAUGGGCAUUGGAGUCGUCGACCUCCUCCCAAUUCUACUUAUCCAGCUCGCCUCGCCAGAUAAAUGGAUUGGAUUUGCUUGCGCCGUCCUAGGCCUGUCUCGAUAUAUGGGCGGCUCCACAGGAACAGCGAUUUAUCUCACAAUCUACGAGAACAAAGUGAAAACGUUGAUACCCAAGCGAGUCGCGGCGGCUGCACUUGCGGCUGGCCUUCCGUCUUCCUCGCUGCCCAGCUUUCUUGGGGUGCUCACAGGUGCAACCCACCAGCCUUCAUUGAUGGCAAUCCCAGGAGUGACGACGGCCAUCGUCGAGACAUCUACACUAGCGAUGAAGAACGCCAGUCGGGAAGCAUUCAAAUAUGUCUGGCUUACGAGCAUCCCGUUUGGGGCGAUUGCGCUGAUCUGCGCCUUGAUCUGCAAAGACCAAUCAAAUAUGCUCACGGACGAGGUGGCUCAACGCCUGAAGACAGACGAACUUGAGAUACAGGUCCAGGUUGAGACGGGGCUGGAAAAAGGUGCCUCUGAACACUUUGAGAGGAAGAACGAGGAAGUCACUUCCACAACCGAGGCUGUGUGA